AUGUCUGUUUGUCCGAGUGUGAGGUCUGUUUGUCCGAGUGUGAGGUCUGUUUGUCCGAGUGUGAGGUCUGUUUGUCCGAGUGUGACGUCUGUUUGUGCGAGUGUGACGUCUGUUUGUGCGAGUGUGACGUCUGUUUGUGCGAGUGUGACGUCUGUUUGUGCGAGUGUGACGUCUGUUUGUGUGAGCGUGAUGUCUGUUUGUCCAAGUGUGAUGUCUGUUUGUCCGAGUGUGAUGUCUGUUUGUGCGAGUGUGAUGUCUGGUUGUGCGAGUGUGAUGUCUGGUUGUCCGAGUGUGAUGUCUGGUUGUCCGAGUGUGAUGUCUGGUUGUCCGAGUGUGAGGUCUGUUUGUCCGAGUGUGAGGUCUGUUUGUCCGAGUGUGACGUCUGUUUGUGCGAGUGUGACGUCUGUUUGUGCGAGUGUGACGUCUGUUUGUGCGAGUGUGACGUCUGUUUGUGUGAGCGUGAUGUCUGUUUGUCCAAGUGUGAUGUCUGUUUGUCCGAGUGUGAUGUCUGUUUGUGUGAGUGUGAUGUCUGUUUGUGCGAGUGUGACGUCUGUUUGUGAGAGUGUGACGUCUGUUUGUGAGAGUGUGACGUCUGUUUGUCCGAGUGUGAGUCUGUUUGUCCAAGUGUGA